AUGGCGGACGAUCUUUUCGUGGGGCUUCCCCCACCAUCUGCUGCUCCAGUUCCACCGGAGCAGCCAAAAGUUGCAUCCUCCGGGAGGGAUUCUUCUUCAGCUCCCGCUCCCGCCCCUGCCCCUGCUCUCAAGAGCGCGCUGAAGCGAGACAAGCCCGCGGAAUCGCCCCUCGAGGGUGCGCCUUUGCCUCCUUGCGUUUCAUUUCGAAAUUCUUCCGCUCAUCUGAAUUUUGUGUUUUCCUGAUUCCGCUUUGGCUCGUGUCUUCAUGGGGAAAACUUUUAUAUGCUGCAGCGAGGCCAGGUAGGGUUUCACUGGUUGGGAAGGUUUCGACGGAGGAUUUUUACGUGUUGAGACCAUAGGUGUGGCCAGAAAUGCAUUCUGUAAUCCCGAUCUAUCUCAGGUUUCUCGGUUGCUUCUCUAUCUGUGCUUUCUUUUCAGUUCCCUACUCGUCGUCGCAACAGAUGUUAAUGUGAGCAUCUUUUCCUCAAGCCAUCUGCUGAUCUCUUCUUCUUCACUCGUAUUGGUCGUGUGAGGAAGUAAUUCCUGCUGUGUCUUUGGCACAUUAACUUCUCUUGCCUUAUUUCCUCAGGUUCGUUAGACUUUUCUAACGCAUGUUCUUAAUGCUAUCUUAGUUGAUCUAUGAUCAUGGUGGUUUAAACCCUAAAACAAGAAUUAGAUUUAUUUUAAUUAUAAUUAGAUCAGGAAAAUAAAAUAUAGAUCCUCUCAAUUGAUAAAAUUUGGCAGGCGCAUAAUUGAGAUAUACAUGGAAUCCAUCUGAUUAAAUAUAGAUUGAGAAAACAUAUUCUUCUGCUGCUCAUUCAUAAGAGAAAAUCCUCAAAUAAGAGACCAAUGUGAGAGCCACAUAGGGAUCAACUUGGAUGCCUACCAUCCCCCAGCUCCAGCUAAUUCCUUCAGCGUUUAUAGCUAAGAUCAAAACAUCACAGUUGAUUUUUUUUCAUUACACAUUGGUCCGGAAGAUGUUCAGACAUGGAAGAACUGAAUUAUAUCAAAUCCAUACCGAUGAAUUAAUGCAAAUGUCUUGAUUGAAAUACUCUUGCAUGACUUGCGUUGUAAUUGAUGCCGUGUCUCCUUCAUCCCCAUACCUAAGGUCUUCUGGCAGAAAUCUUCUCCAAUCUGCUGAUAUAUUUGGGUCUGGCUGGGAUUCGGUUUGUUGAUCGUCUCUCAUGGUUCAAGAGGGCCCUUUAUUGUGCUGAUCAUUUAUUGUUUUAUGGUGUAAAAAUAUUGGUCUCGGUGACCAACCGAAGCUAAGUAGAAAACUGUCUCAAUUGAAUGAACUUUUGCCUGAGAUUUCUGGCAGUCGGUCAAUAUGAGAAGUUCUUUGUGUUUACUUGGGUGACUGUGUUUCCUCAUAUCCUGGCAUCUUGUUACACAGUGGCACCCCAGAAGCGUCUAAGGUUCAAGACAACCACCGAUGCAACUGAAGCACAAGUCAUAGAAGCUAUGAAGAAAAUAGCAUCGCAUAUAAAGAAUCCAUCAAAGUUCGGCAAGGCAUCGAAGCUCGCCCUGCAGCUGAUUCAGGCAGGAAGUGUCAAGCCUGGGACCAGUGAUCAAUUCUUUGCCAUACUUGAGGCUGCCAUGUCUUCUCCUUCAGCUUGCAUCGAUUCCUCUCUGAGAGCUGAUUAUCAGGCACUAUUUUGCGCAGCUCAAGGUGUUGCUGAGGUGAAUUGCUGCCUUGAUUUUUAGCUUUUUUUCUUGAGAUGGCCGUGUUCUAAUCAGCCAAUAUUGAUCUGCCUCAGUGCAGCCUUCGAACGUGAUUUCUGAACUCAAAGCUCUGAUCACUGUCUUGUCCCAUCCUGUUGCAGUUUUUCGCCGAGCGGCAGAAGGAUCAGUUGAUUACAUGGAACAUCAGGGCAGUUAUUGCAAAUGACCUGUACACAGACGAUAGCUUUGUGGUACGAAAUGCAUUUCUUCCCCUCCCCUGCUUCCUCAGAUAUUCAAGUUGAUAUACUGCACGAUUGCUUUUCGAUGGAAGUUUUCUUGUACUGAAUCGUCUUCAGGCACUGCAAUUCUUCAUUCUUCUCACGAGUUUGAGAAUGCAUUAUCGAAUUGCUGAUUUUUUGAAUUGGAAAUGGUGAUGAAUGCAUCUAGUUCUCGAAGGCGGCUGGGAAGAUCAAGGAGGCGAUAUCUAGUCUCCCAUCAUCCACUGAGGACGACGACAUUGAGGAAGCGGCACCUUCGGCAGACGCCGUGGAAGCAGACGGCGAAGAUGGAGGAGACACCACCGCGCAAGCAGAGGGAACCAACCCUAAUGAAGAAAACGCCGAUCCCUUCGGCUUAGACGCGUUGCUCUCCAACGAUUCCAGAAAAGACGGCAGAGCAAGGGAUCGAAAAGACAUUGUCGCUUCGAAACGGAAGGGACACGAAGAAGAAGAGGAAGAAGAACGCCGGAAGAAGUUCCUGAAGUCGCAGAGGGAAGCCCUGAUCCGCUGCCUGGAGAUCGCCGCCCAGCGAUACAAGAUCCCCUGGUUGAUGCCACUUCUCUCUCGGUAUUUCUCUCGCUCUUCUUCGUCCUCCCGCCGCCACUGACCUCCCCCUUCCUCCUCUCUCCGCCACGCCAGGGCUCAGACUGUGAUCGACAUCUUGGCGAAACACGCCUUCGACAACAUCCACAGAUUCACCUCGCGGCAGAGGGACGCCGUCGAGAAGCUCUGGGCCUCCAUUAGGGAGCAGCACAUCCGGAGGAAGCAGGGGAAGACGGUCUCCGGCAAGCUGGACAUGACGGCUUUCGAGUUCCUCCAGGAGAAAUACUCCCACGUCAAGAUAAGCAUCCGCCGCUCCGUCGGCGGCGCCGGCGACCACCGCGCCGAGCAGUGGCUCGGCUAG